AUGGAUUCAAUGAAGAAUGAAUCUGACAACUUUGAUUCACAACAAUGGAACAAGGAAGAGAACAGUGCAUCCGUGAAAUAUAGUAAUGUUGGAUCUGGGGGUCUUGUUGACUACACGAGUCAAUUUAUUAAUAAUGAGGUUUUCAAGAGCAAAGAAGAAUUACUUGGUUGGGUACGGGAUGUUGGAAGGAAAAAUGGGUUUGUGAUUGUCAUCAAGACAUCAGACUAUGGUGGUGGUCAUAGGACACCGAGGAUAUUUCUUGCCUGUGAGAGAAGUGGUCAAUACAGAGCUCAUAAGAAAUUAGCGGGAGAUGAUUCAAGCAAAAAAAUUGUGAAGAUAACGGGUACAAAGAAAUGCGGGUGUCCCUUUGAGUUAAGGGCUCGUAAGUUGAUGGCUGAUGAUGAUUGGAUGGUAGAUGUAGCAUGUGGAAUGCAUAAUCAUGCUCCUGCUAAACAUUUUGAAGGACAUUCAUUUGCAGGGAGAUUAUCUGAGGAGGAAAAAUCAUUAUUAGUGGAUAUGUCGAAAAGCAUGGUCAGACCGAAAGAGAUUUUGGUUACAUUGAAACGAAAGGAUGCUUUGAAUGUAACCACUAUGAAAACCAUUUACAAUGUACGUCAUAGGAAUAAUGUUAUUGAGAAAGCUGGGAGAUCACAAAUGCAACAUUUGUUGGGUGAGUUAGAAAAGCAUAAUUACAUUGAGCGGCAUAGGUGUGACAACAACACGAUGACUGUCACAGACUUGUUUUGGGCACAUCCUGUCAGUUUAGAUUUGCUCCGUUCAUUUCCAAAGGUGUUGAUCAUGGACUGCACAUAUAAGACAAAUCGAUAUCGUCUUCCUCUUCUUGAGAUAGUUGGAGUGACAUCCACUGAUAUGUCAUUCUCCGUAGCCUUUGCAUAUCUCCAAUUUGAGCGAAUUGAUAACUACGUUUGGGUGUUAACUACAUUGCGUAGUCUCUUGGAUGACAUUGCUAUUCCUGAGGUGAUUGUCACGGACAGGGAGCUUGCUUUGAUGAAUGCUAUUGACAGGGUAUUUUCUACAUCUCGACAUUUAUUAUGCCGAUGGCAUAUUAGUAGAAAUGUACUGGCGAAAUGUAAGAAAAUGUUUAAGAGUAAGGAGGAAUGGGACAAGUUUAUCUCUUUAUGGAAUUUUUUAGUACUCUCCUCAACUGAGCUUGAAUACAAUGAACAUCUUGCUAGGCUACUUGCGGAUUUUGAUACAUAUCCUGAGGCAGUGCAAUAUGUGUCACAAAGUUGGUUAAUUCCAUAUAAGGAUAAGUUUGUUGCCGUAUGGACAGAUAGUUGUAUGCACUUCGGGAAUGUUACAACCAAUAGGGCUGAAAGUGCACAUGCAAAACUGAAACGGCAACUUGGUUCUAACCAAGUAAAUUUUGAGUGUUCUUGGACCAAGAUCCAUAGUUUGCUUGAGUUGCAGCAUGUUGAUAUUAAGGCAUCAUUUGAGAAGAGCUUAACCAUUGUACAACACCAGUUCAAACCAUCCCAUUUUAGAGAGCUCCGAGGCAAUAUCUCUAUUACUGCAUUAGAUCAUGUCUUAGCGGAGAGUAAGCGAGCGAAUGAUGUUGGCAUUGAUGCUUCAGUAUGUGGAUGUGUUGUUCGACGAACACACGGGUUACCGUGUGCCCAUGAGAUUGCGGAUUACAUCCGGCAGGGUCGUCCAAUACCACUUGAUAGCAUUAACCCACACUGGAGGACUCUUGAGGUAGUACAAAAGUUGAAGAAUGAUAAAGUGGAAUUGAGUUGUGAACCAAAGUUUGAUCUCAUGCUUAAGCGAUUCAAUGCAUCUGAUUACACUACGCAGUUGGAAAUUCUGCAUAAGUUAGGAGAGAUUGCAGAUCCCCAAAGUAGUUUUCUCAUUGAGCCGGAUGUGAAGCCCAACCCUCGAGGUAAGGGACAUAAGAAGAUAGAUGUAUAUCGGACGCGUACAAGUACAACUUAUUCAUAUGUUGAUGCCCUUCCAGUUGGAUUGAAGCCUUACAUACGUUUUAUCAAGGAUGUAGAUGCCGAUGGCAAUUGCGGGUUUAGGGCCAUUGCUGGCUUGAUGGGGCUUACAGAGGCUGAAUGGGGUCAAGUCAGGCGUGAUCUCCAACAGGAAUUGCACACACACGUAGACCAUUAUACUCAUCUAUAUGGUUCACGUGACAGGAUUGAAGAGCUGACCCAUAUUCUAUCAUUCUUUGAGCCUAAUCCAGGGUAUCACCGUUUGAUGACUAUGCCUGACAUGGGUCAUCUUAUUGCAUCUUGUUAUAAUGUGGUAUUGUACCACUUAUCUGCACAACAAUGCCUUACUUUCCUCCCUCUACGAUCAGUGCCAAUAUCACAACUUCAACGGCGUGAGAUUGCUAUUGGGUUUGUUAAUGGGAAUCAUUUUGUCCAGGUGUUCAUGUUACCGGGUCAUCUAGUUCCACCAAUAGAUACCAAUUGGUGUAAGUUUCAUCAUUCUUGUGCGGCUGGAUGGGAUACUGCAUAUAGUCGCCGAAUUGAGCAUUUUAAACAAGUUGUUCAUUCAGGGGUAGCUACUAGAGAGACAUUUGAUUGUAUUAACCUCGAUGAGUAA